AUGGCGAAUGCAAAAGCCUGGUUCAAACUCGAAAAUACAGCCUGGGACGAAGUUUCCUUGGAAGAUGUUACAAACGUUGCUAAUCUCAAAAAGGCUAUCAAGAGUGAAGUGGCACCUGAACUUGAUGCCUAUGCUCCUGGCAGACUCACUCUCAAAGCCACAGACAAGCUCGAUGAUGCAAGCCAAGCAGUGGAGCUGGAUGCAAGAGACAGUCUGCUUAAAGUCCUGGGAAGGCUCCACAUAGAAGUUCAGGAUCAAAGUCUUGUUUCGGUUCAGAACUGCUUUGCUGAAAAUGUUUGGUUGUUCGUCUACGUCCCGUCUG